UUCUUCACUUGCGUAGUGACGAUCUUUGGAAACGAAAGAUGGAUCGUCCUCUGUGUCUCUCCAGUUCGUCGCCUACUUCAGUUCCACGAGUCGCCAGAACGGCUUCGCAUUUCAUCGGCUCGCCGAUCGCUUCCCCUUCCACGUCGAGGCCUAAUCUCUCCGUGAGCUGCAGGGGGAGAUUCGGCGGCGGCGGCGGCGGCAACCCUCUUGACAGCUCGUCCGCUCGCGGCGUCCUCGGUGUCGAGCCGAGCUGCUCCGCCGCCGAGCUCAAAGCAGCUUUCCGAGCCAAAGUGAAGCAGCACCAUCCUGACGUGAACAGAGAUGGCGAUUCUGAUGCCAUGAUUCGGCUCGUGAUUCAGGCUUAUGAGAUGCUAUCGGACUACAGCUGGUCUGAAAUCAUUGAGAGUGAAUGCCUAGAUCCUUUUGAUCAACCAGAAUGUGAAGCACUUGAUCUGUUUGUGAAUGAGCUUCUUUGUGUCGGCAAAGUGUGUCCAUAUUCAUGCGUCAAAGCAGCCCCACAUGCGUUCACGUUUGCUACAUCUGGAGGAACUGCUCGUGCAACUUCCCAAGGAAAUGGUGAUGACUAUCCGGUGCAAAUUGCUGUUGGUCAGUGCCCCAGAAAUUGCAUUCACUGUGUAACUCCUUCUCAGAGAAUUAUCCUAGAAGAAUUACUUGACAGUAUAAUGGACGUGCCGUAUGAUACUUCAGCUGAGGCAGAUCUGCUAUACUCUUUGAUUGUGAAAGCCAAGUUUGAGAAUAAUCGGUUCCGGAAGCCAAAGAAGCAGCCCAAGAGUUCAACCAAACAUGUAGAUUGGUACUGAAAUGUUAAGUACAGCUGCUUGUUUUGCAGUAACAGCAAUGAUGCGUUACUCUGUUUCCAUUCAAGGACUGCAAGCUGAUACUACCAAUUACCAUGAAUAUGGUUGUCAUUAAUCAACAUAGAUGGUACUAGAUGAUACAACCUCAUCACCUGAGCUGUUUUAACGGGAGGAGAGCCAGGGCAAAUUAGUUCUGCAAUCAUUCUUUCAAGGAUGAUCUGGUUUUUGCAUGCAUUUUGUAGGAUUUCAUUGUAGAGCUUCUUAAUCAUUGUACCGAUAGCAAUAUACCUAUAUACAUCUACGCAGAAGGGUUCAGAAAAUUGUAUUUAUCUCAAGUGUUAGUAUAUCUAUCCGGCCACAUAUAGGUUGGACAUUGAGGCGGCUGUAAAUCAGUCACAGCCGUUCGCCUUGUCAGUUGAUUAGUUCAGGGGGAACGGAAGCUUAUCUUGUCAUGAAUGGAUUACUAAAAUGAUGUCUCUGCCUCUUUAUUUGCAUCAGAAAGGAAUUUCUCACA